UAUAAUUCCUGACUGGAGUGUAGCUACACAAUUAUCUUUUUGUUCCUUGAUGGUCGAGCGAGGGAGUUCUCUAGUGUUGCAAGAAAUCAAAAACAAGGGCACAUAACUGGAUGUGGAAGGAGCUCAGUUCAUGCUGCUAGGAAGUCUUUUACUUGCUGACUAGGGGACUUGAAGGCGGGCUGUUCGCUGGAGAACAAUCAGUGUGUUCUUAAGGGGAGAGCCAGAGGAUAAUUCCUGGUAACUGUUCUAUCUGAGCAUUCUUGGUGGAGUCUCUCCGCAUUCACGUCUCAUUAUGGAGCCCAACAGUCCCAAGAAGAUCCAGUUUGCUGUGCCUUUGUUUCAAAGCCAGUUGGACCCACAAGCAGCUGAACAGAUCAGAAGAAGACGACCCACUCCAGCAACACUGGUUAUUUUCAGUGAUCAGUCACCACCAGAAGCAGAUGAACAGAGGACGGCAAACUCACAGGGACAAGCAAAGAGUGCUGAGAUGUCUCCCAAGCAAAGAAAACAGAGUGUGUACAACCCUCCCACUAUGAAAGGGGUGAAGCUUAUGAAAUCGCAGCAAGAAACAGCGUUCCCCGAGGAAGAAGAAGGAGUCAAUGAUAAACAGGAAGACAGGACCCCGUAGAUGGAAAUGGGUGUCUUAAUGGAAGUGUUUCCACUUUCUGUUGUUCACUCAGUUAAAUGAACUGAAAACCUUUUUCACAUCAUCUCAGGACUGAUUAAAUAGAUCAUUUCUUACAGCAGAGCACUAGAAAACAGGCUUUUAGUCUGACUAAUUUUAAUCGAAAGCUUUAAAGAUCCAUUACCCCUUUCCUCUGCAAAAUCAAUAAUAUAGUUCUGGAUCUGAUCAUGCAUAUAUAUAUAUAUAUAUAUUCUGUGUUAAAGUCCUGAUCUUAACAACAGUACUUCAAUUUCUAACCUUUUCUAAGAUAGCAACCCAACCUAGCAUAGCAGCCCAUUCCUUUUGCUUUUACAUUAUCACUGGUAUUAAUUUUGGCAUCUGAAAACAAAUUAGUAACCGUUUAAAGACUGGUUGUUUAUGACCUGUCAUCUACAGCCCAUUUUAAGCAUAUAAUCUACAGUACCUUUUGGUUGUUCUGUGUAAUAGUAUUGUCAAGAUAGUAGAAAAUGAAGCUACAGUAUAGUUUUAGAAGAAAAAAAAAACACCUGCUGAUUUAUUAUUUACAGACACAUGGAAUGUAUUAUUUAAUCUAGAGCAUAAACAUAAUUUUAGUCCUUUGUGCCAUAUUUUAAAAGCAAAUGUCUCUGAUUUCGAUGUUGGAAAAAUUGUGUUUAAAUGUCUUACUUUACAUUCGAACAGUGCUUGCUGGUGUAUAUACAUUUUUUUCCUGAUAAUUCCAUCAGUAAAAUAGGUUUUUAAAGCGUAAGACAGAUAACCCAUACUAAUGAUAAAAAUCCUCUUAAUUAAAAAUUCAGAAUUGCUUGUUUUCCUUUACACCACAUAUCACUGAACAACUUUCCAUUAGAGUCUGCUGAGAGAAGAGAGCUGAAAAGGUUUUGGUAUUUAUGAUGAAUCUUGGAUGACUGUUGGCUUAUCAUAACCUCUUACAACCUCACUGUAAAGUGCCGAAGCUUGGAGUCUUUACAUAUAGAAUAAGAGUUUAUUCACAUAAAAUGAUGGGAUGGAACACUAAUUGCUUCCCUGUAUUUUUUGAUAAAUAUAAUACUAUAUGUUUUAAAUAUGGUUAUUUCGCACUAGAGGCCAGGUGAUGCAGCAAAAUGGGAGAUAAGAAAAAAUACAUUGUUUGUGUAAUGAUUUCCAUUACAUGAGAGUAGAUGUUAAAACUUCAUGCUGAUUUGAAGCUGGCUCUUGCCAAGAUAAGCACCAACUAAAAUGUAGCUUAACAGUAAACUAAAGUGAUCCAUCUGCGUCUCUAUCCAUUUGCGUUUCCUUCUGUCUGAUGAUGUUGAUAUCCUUCUGCC